CCCGGGCUCGCGCAGCGACGGCGGCCUCGCUCUAGGACCCGAGGAGGAAGCGCUGCCGGGAGACGCCGGCGCCUUGGAGCGGGCGCUGCCGCGAGCGGCCGGCGAGGGGCUGGCCAUGGAAGAGGAGCGCUCCGGAGCCACCGGGGCCGAGCUGCCGGGGCGGCGGCGCCGGGAGCAGGAUGCGGCCGCCCGUAAUUAAAUAGCAUUUACUCUUAUUAUUACUAAUAAUAAUAACGUAAUCAUACCUCUAGUCAUAGCAUACCAUUUAUCGGGCUCGGCGCAGGCCCGCGGGGAGCGCAGCCCGGCCAAGAGACUGAUGGAGAGACAGAAACGGAAGGCGGACAUCGAGAAGGGGCUGCAGUUCAUCCAGUCGACACUACCCCUAAAACAAGAAGAAUAUGAGGCCUUUCUACUCAAGCUGGUGCAGAAUCUGUUUGCGGAGGGCAAUGACCUGUUCCGGGAGAAAGACUACAAGCAGGCGCUGGUACAGUACAUGGAGGGGCUGAAUGUGGCCGACUACGCUGCCUCGGAUCAGGUGGCCCUACCCCGGGAGCUGCUGUGUAAGCUGCAUGUCAACAGGGCCGCCUGCUACUUCACCAUGGGCCUGUAUGAGAAGGCACUGGAGGACAGCGAGAAGGCGCUAGGCCUGGACGGCGAGAGCAUCCGGGCGCUGUUCCGCAAGGCACGUGCCCUCAACGAGCUGGGGCGCCACAAGGAGGCCUACGAGUGCAGCAGCCGUUGCUCUCUUGCCCUGCCCCACGAUGAGAGUGUCACUCAGCUUGGUCAGGAGCUGGCUCAGAAGCUCGGGCUGCGAGUACGGAAGGCAUAUAAGAGGCCCCAGGAAUUGGAAACCUUUUCCCUGCUCAGUAAUGGCAACGCCGCGGGCAUGACGGAUCAGGGAACGUCCAAUGGACUGGGCUCCAUAGAUGACAUCGAAACAGACUGCUACGUGGACCUGCACGGCUCCCCAGCCCUGCUCCCCAUGGCCCCCACCACGCCCCUGUUCCCUCACGUGCUGGACUUGCUGGCUCCUCUGGACAGUGGCAUCAGGGCCCUGCCCGGCUCUGAGAGCCUGGAUGACUUCUCAGAUGGAGAUGUCUUCGGGCCGGAGCUGGACACCCUCCUGGACUCGCUGUCUCUGGUCCAGGGUGGCCUGCCUGGCAGCGGUGUGCCCAGUGAACUGCCCCAGCUGAUCCCUGUGUUCCCUGGUGGGACCCCGCUGCUGCCGCCUGUGGUGGGCGGCUCCAUCCCCGUCUCCAGCCCGCUGCCCCCGGCCUCCUUUGGCCUUGUCAUGGACCCCUCCAAGAAGCUGGCCGCCUCUGUGCUGGAUGUCCUUGAGCCCCCAGGCCCCACGUUGGACGCCCUGGACUUGCUGCCCUACUCAGAGACCCGACUGGACACCCUUGACAACUUCGGGUCGACCCGCAGCUCCCUCGAUAAGCCCGACUCCUUCCUGGAGGAGACCAACUCACAGGACCACCAACCCCCAGGCAGUGCUCAGAAACCAGUGCCCUCGCCAGAGCCCUCCAUGCCCAACACUGCCUUGCUCAUCAAGAACCCCUUGGCGGCCACCCAUGAGUUCAAGCAAGCCUGCCAGCUCUGCUACCCCAAGACAGGCCCGAGGGCAGGUGACUACACCUACCGGGAGGGCCUGGAGCACAAGUGUAAGCGGGACAUCCUGCUUGGCCGCCUCCGGAACGCUGAGGACCAGGCCUGGAAGAGGAUCCGGCCCCGGCCCACCAAGACCAGCUUCGUGGGCUCCUACUACCUGUGCAAAGACAUGAUUAACAAGCAGGACUGUAAAUACGGGGAUAACUGCACCUUCGCCUACCAUCAGGAGGAGAUCGACGUGUGGACGGAGGAGCGGAAGGGCACCCUCAACCGGGACCUGCUCUUCGACCCGCUGGGGGGCGUCAAGCGCGGCAGUCUCACCAUUGCCAAGCUCCUGAAAGAGCACCAGGGCAUCUUCACCUUCCUCUGCGAGAUCUGCUUCGACAGUAAGCCCCGGAUCAUCAGCAAGGGCACCAAGGACUCGCCAUCUGUCUGCUCCAACCUGGCUGCCAAACACAGCUUCUACAACAAUAAGUGCCUGGUGCACAUCGUCCGCUCCACCUCUCUCAAGUACUCCAAGAUCCGCCAGUUCCAGGAGCACUUCCAGUUUGACGUGUGCCGCCAUGAGGUACGCUAUGGCUGCCUGCGGGAGGACAGCUGCCACUUCGCACACAGCUUCAUUGAGCUCAAGGUCUGGCUGCUGCAGCAGUACUCAGGCAUGACGCAUGAAGAUAUCGUCCAAGAGUCCAAGAAACACUGGCAACAGAUGGAGGCCCAUGCCAGCAAGGCCAGCGGUGGCUUGGGCGCACCCCGGAGCCACGGCCCCAGUACCUUUGACCUGCAGAUGAAGUUUGUGUGCGGCCAGUGCUGGAGGAAUGGGCAGGUGGUAGAGCCUGACAAGGACCUCAAGUACUGCAGUGCCAAGGCCCGGCACUGCUGGACCAAAGAGCGGCGGGUCCUGCUGGUGAUGUCCAAGGCCAAGAGGAAAUGGGUGUCGGUGAGGCCACUGCCGUCCAUCCGCAACUUUCCACAGCAAUAUGACCUCUGCAUCCACGCACAGAACGGCCGCAAGUGCCAGUACGUGGGCAACUGCUCUUUCGCACACAGCCCCGAAGAGAGGGACAUGUGGACAUUCAUGAAGGAGAACAAGAUCCUGGACAUGCAGCAGACCUAUGACAUGUGGCUGAAGAAGCACAACCCAGGCAAGCCUGGGGAAGGGACCCCAAUUAGCUCGCGGGAAGGGGAGAAGCAGAUCCAGAUGCCCACAGACUACGCCGACAUCAUGAUGGGCUACCACUGCUGGCUCUGCGGCAAGAAUAGCAACAGCAAGAAGCAGUGGCAGCAACACAUCCAGUCGGAGAAGCACAAGGAAAAGGUGUUCACGUCUGACAGCGAUGCCAGCGGCUGGACCUUCCGCUUUCCCAUGGGCGAGUUCCGGCUCUGUGACAGGCUCCAGAAGGGCAAGGUCUGCCCGGACGGGGACAAGUGCCGCUGUGCCCACGGGCAGGCAGAGCUCAGCGAGUGGCUGGACCGGCGGGAGGUCCUCAAGCAGAAGCUAGCCAAAGCCCGCAAGGACAUGCUGCUGUGCCCGCGGGAUGACGACUUUGGCAGGUACAACUUCCUGCUGCAGGAGGAUGGGGACGCCGCCAGGGCAGCCCCAGAGGCCCCUGCCGCUGUAGCUGCCACCACCACUACCACCAUCGCCACCACCGGAGAGUAGGGCCUUGGCUAUGGGCAGAGUGCUGGGGUUGGGGGUAGGGUGGGGAGAGGACACCUGAUGUUUUGAAAGCCUAGGGCAAGCCAGCCGGAGGUGGAUGAGCUCAUGAGGCAGCCCUGCCCCCACUGCCCCUCUGUGUGCAGAACCAGGUGGGCAUGCUCAACCCCAGCAGGCCCAGGGUCUACAUCCUGCUGAAACCUGGCAGACCCUCCCCCGCUCCCAUGGCUCUCCUGUUGGGGUGAGGGGGGCCUGGCCGACUGAGCCUACAGCUUUAACUUGUGUCUGCUCCCAUGGGAGGGGCCCUGGGAGUGCAGGGCUGGGGAGCCUGGGGUCCCCACUGGAAUCUGUACCAGGAGGAGCUUUCUCCCUAGCACCUACUCCUCCCUCCUUGCUCCCCCACUACCACCCUAUCCCCCUGUCCUGGGGCCCACAAGGAGACCACUGAGGGCAGGGGUCCCUGAUUAGCUUUAAAACGCAGCCCCAGGAUGGAGCUGGGGACACCUCAGUUUGCGCUUUGAUGA